AUGGUUUCGGCAACAAGCCCGGGGCAGGGAAGUCCCAACCCUAAUGCCUCUCCUCGAACCUCGUCGCCACAAGCCUCGGGGCGCAAUGACUCUCGAAAAGGACCUGUAUCGAAGGCGCUGUCAGGGGGGAAGGGGAACAAUUUGCAGGAGGCGCGAAACAGUCUAUUGGAAACGGAGUUCAAACUCAAACACUUCGGUCUGCUGGGUGUGCUAGGAUGGAUCCUGCUCCUACACGUUGCUGGGAUUUUUUUCUUCACCAAGGGCUUCCUCCUGACGCGAAUGGUUCUCGAAAAUAAGUCGUCCUGCGACCUGCUUCCGUUUGACGAUGCGCUACCAAAUGUAAAAGCGGGCAAGGGAGGUGAUGGAUGCUGGCACCCCAAAUCUUUCGACAAGGCUAUUGUCAUCAUCAUUGAUGCUUUGCGUUACGACUUUACGGUCCCAUUCGCGCCGACUCCCGAGAGUGAAGAGGCAAAUCUGUUCCACGACAAUAUCCCCGUUUUGCAUGAAACGGCCGUCAACACACCGGAGAACGCUUUCCUGCUACCCUUCAUCGCCGACCCGCCGACAACAACGCUGCAGCGUCUUAAGGGCUUGACAACCGGAACCCUGCCGACUUUUGUGGACGCUGGCUCAAAUUUCGAUGGGACGGCAAUUGACGAAGAUAACAUUGUCGCGCAGCUUCGCGCAGCCGGAAAGAACCUGGUCCAGCUCGGCGAUGACACCUGGCACUCGCUUUUCCCGGGUUAUUUCGACGCCAACCUCACCAAGCCGUUUGACUCGUUCAAUGUGUGGGAUCUACACACGGUUGACAAUGGCGUGACUGAGAACCUGUUCCCUCUCUUACACCCGGCGAAUUCUACCAAGUGGGACGUUGUCUUUGGUCACUACUUGGGCGUCGACCAUGCUGGCCACCGUUACGGUCCCAACCAUCCGGCGAUGGCCGCCAAACUCAGGCAGAUGGAUCAAGUCAUUCGGGAUCUCAUUGCUAAGAUCGACGACAGCACGCUUUUGGUAGUGAUGGGCGACCAUGGAAUGGACUCGAAGGGAGACCACGGAGGUGAAUCGAAUGACGAGGUAGAUGCGGCUCUAUGGAUGUAUUCGAAGCAAAAGAAGUUCGGUCGCACGAGCCCGGACACUGCCAUGCCGCCCAAAUAUGCUCGAGAGCGUUUCGUUCCGCAGAUCGAUCUCGUCCCAACAAUCUCGCUUCUCCUUGGUAUGCCGAUCCCAUUUAACAACUUGGGUUCCCCAAUUGAAGAGGCCUUCGCUGGUCCUGGUGGAAAUGACUGGAAGAAUCUUGUGACUGUCAACCGCUUGGCUUCCGCCCAGAUCAAAAGGUAUCAGCAUGAGUAUACGCAAUCUCGGAGCGCCAACGAUAGCGAAGGGUUUCUUUCGCUGAAACUCUGGGAAGCCGCGGAAGCCGAGUGGAAAAAUUUGCCGAGGUUUGGCAAAUCGAGUGCGGAUACACUGCGUCCUGUCUACGAUUCGUUUAGGCAGUAUCAGCGAAGAACUCUCGAUAUCUGCCGCGAUCUUUGGGCCAAAUUUGAUGUGCCAAGUAUGAUCCAAGGUGUUGUGAUUCUUUUCGCCGCAGUAGUCCUGCUUGUGUUCUAUGCGCGAGGCUUGAAGGUGGACCGGACUGAUCUCACCAUUUCUUUGCUCUCAUCUGCUGGAAUUGGCUCUGCAAUUGGCGCUGUUAUUGGCGCAUGCCUAGCCGUCUCGGGCAUCAUGGAAUCGCCUCUAGUCGAGGCGUCGGCCUUGUUCGCUGCCGCCGGUAGCAUUGUUACUGCUUUGUGGGCAAUGUUCAUUAAGCCGGAGCGUCUGGCGCUUCCUCUGCCAAAUUCUUUGUGGGGAUGGCUCGCCGUCAUUUUCACGGUCAGCCAGUCAGUCGGGUUUGCGUCCAAUUCAUACACCAUUUGGGAAGAUGAGAUUCUUCUAUUUUUCCUCACCACUUUUGGUGUGCUUGCUGGUGUGUCUUCUAUGCGGCAAAAGUCCACCACCGACAGGGUCUUGGGCGUUUACCAUUCCAUCCUCUUCGUUGCCCUAGGAAGAAUAGCCUCACUAUCUCGCCUUUGUCGUGAAGAACAGAUGCCAUUCUGUCGCUCCACGUAUUACGCUUCGUCUACUUCCUCCACAUCUGCUCCAUGGCAACUUGCUAUCCCAUUCAUAGUCACACUGGUACUUCCCACAGUCGUCAGAUCCUUCUACGUUGCAUCGAAAUCCUAUGAAGGUGCUGCCUCUCUGUGGAUUGGGUUUGGUUUCCGACUGGGCCUAUUUGUCGCCUCAGUCUUUUGGGCGUUCGAGGGCGCAGAUGACGGCGAGUGGCUCUCCUUGAGCAAGGAGACCCUGAAGUCGAUUAGAGUAUCCCUAGCACAGCUUGUUCUGGCGAUUGCAUUCGCAGCCGGAACGACUGCAUUCAUUUACUCGAAGCCGUGCAUCAGCAUCAGUGUCAGCAAAGGCAACUCUGAUUCUGACGCUCCUUCGUCUGCCCAGCAAGCGCCUAGGACCACCGUCACAAUCCUGGGCUUUGGCAACGUUUACGGAACGCGAUUCUUCCUUCUCGUCGUUAACUUCUGCUUGGGCAUUGCCCUUAUGCAGAAGCCCAUGGGACAAGGUGCAAUCGGCCUGUUACUCUGGCAGAUCCUUUCGCUCCUCGAAAUCCUCGACACGAACGCACUGGUCAUGGGCAACUCCGCCAUCGGACCCAUCGUCCUCGCCCUUCUCGGGUCCUUCUAUUACUUCAAGACCGGCCACCAGGCCGUCCUCAGCAGCAUUCAAUGGGAAACGGCCUUCAUCCCCCUUUCAACCAUCAAAUACCCCUGGUCCCCCAUUCUUGUGGUCCUGAAUACCUUUGGUGCACAGAUCCUCACCGCUGUCGCCGUCCCUCUCACCGUCCUUUGGAAGCGACCUCUCCAACUCACAGACCAGUCCGGAUCUCCUUCAAAAUCCUCAAACCCCGCCAUCAAGAUCCUUUCCAGCGUCAUCCAAGCGGCCUGCACCUACAUUCUUUACUUCGCCACCAUCAACCUGGCCACCACCAUGUGGGCCGGCCAUCUCCGUCGCCAUCUCAUGCUCUAUCGCAUUUUCUGCCCUCGUUUCAUGAUGGGUGCUGCUGUGCUCGGCGUCGUGGACAUCGUCCUCAUUUUAUUCUCUGUGGCUGGCGCCCGAUUCAGCACCCUCAGCGUCGGUGAAAUCUUCGGAUGGUAA